AUGGUUUUCCUUAAAAAACUUGCAGCUAUCUCGACGCUUCUCCUUGGUUCUACACAAGCCUACGAAAAUGGAUUAGGACUUACACCACAAAUGGGGUGGAAUUCUUGGAAUAUUUAUGGCUGUGAUAUUAAUGAGACAAUCAUUAUUGGAGCAGCUGAAAAAAUAAAGGAAUUAGGGUUACAAGAUCUUGGGUAUGAGUAUAUUGUCAUGGAUGAUUGUUACCAAUUACAUGAAAGAGACAAUACCACGAACAAGAUUCUAGCUGAUCCUGAAAAAUUUCCCAAUGGUAUCAAGCACCUCGCCGAUUCUAUUCAUGAUUUAGGAUUUAAGUUUGGUAUGUAUUCUUCUGCUGGUAGGUAUACAUGCGGAGGGUAUCCUGGAUCUUUACAUAACGAAGAACUAGAUGCUGAUACAUUUGCAGAUUGGGGAAUUGAUUAUUUGAAAUAUGAUAAUUGCUACAAUGAAGGGAACAGUGGUACAGCGCAAAUCAGCUAUAAGAGGUAUGAUAAAAUGGCCAAAGCUUUGAAUGCCACUGGAAGACCCAUUUUCUACUCCUUGUGUCAAUGGGGGGAAGAUAAUGUAUGGAAUUGGGGGUCUACGGUUUCAAACUCCUGGAGAAUUUCUGGGGAUAUAUAUGAUCACUUUGAUCGUUAUGACGACCGCUGUCCUUGUGAAUCUUACGAAUGUCUUGGUCUACAGGGUUACAUGUGCUCCAUGACUAACAUAUUAGAGAAAGCUGUUCCUCUUGGACAAAAAGCAGGAACAGGUCAGGGAUGGAACGACUUAGAUAGUCUUGAAGUAGGAAAUGGUGGAAUGAAUUAUGAUGAGUAUGUUGCUCAUUUUACACUUUGGGCUAUAUUGAAAAGUCCUUUAGUUUUAGGUAAUGAUGUUACAAAUAUGACUGACGAAGACUUGGGUAUCGUUAAAAAUGCUCAAAUAAUUGAGAUUAAUCAAGAUUUAUCUGCCCCAGCACACAGAGUUUGGAAAAAAUCUGUCAAAGGAGGAUCACUUCAAUUAUUUGCAACUACUUUGUCUGAUGAGACACAAAUUGUAGCAAUUUUUAACAGCGGUGAUUAUGAAGAAGACACAGAACUUUUAUUUGAAGAUAUUUUUGUUGAUGACUUGACAAUGAAAAACAAAUCGUAUUCUGGUAAAGAAUUAUGGACGAAUGAAACUUCAACAUUUGAAGAUAAAAUUAGUACUUCUGUCAAAACACACUCCAUUAAGAUUUGGAAGUUGACUGAGGCCAAUUAA